UCUUCUCGUGCAGCUGGUCGGAGAUUCAUCUUUCAUGGAGGUCGGGAACGGGCUUGUGUAUCCCGGUAUGUCCCAGCUUGAAGGUGUCCAGGUCAGGGCUGAUUGUGCUGUGGUCAAGAUUGACUACGUGCAUGAGUUUGCUAAGAAUAUCAAGCUGGAGGUGCCACCAGAUGACAUGACCACCACUUUGCGGGAUGCAGUUGCGAGAAGGGUUCAGUGGCGGAGAGCUGGUAUUCAUAUUGAUCCAGCAGAUGCAGAUUCAGUACCGACCAGUCAACCUCAGCCACAGAGUGCUGCAGUGCCACCGACGUUUUCUGAGCCAUGCCCACAGCUGCCGGAUACACGGGAAUCGUUAUCGGAACCGCAUCCUCCUGUCCCUACUCAGCCUCAGGCACAUGCAACAAGAGACAAGGCGUCGAACCGGAAAGAAGUGUGGGUACAUUGA